AUGGUACUGAAUUCAUAUGAAUUUCACAUUAUCUCAGGGGCCAAGGACUCGUCCGGCUGCUACGAGCAGCUCCUGGUCUCCACCGAGGUGUUCCUCAUCCUGGGCAUCGUCAGCCUUCUGGAGAACGUCCUGGUGGUGGGAGCCAUCGCGAAGAACAAGAACCUGCACUCGCCAAUGUACUUCUUCAUCUGCAGCCUGGCGGUGGCCGACAUGCUGGUGAGCGUCUCCAACGCCACGGAGACCGUCGUCAUGGCGCUCAUAACCAGCGGCCACCUGGCCACACGGAGCGGCCUGAUCAAGAGCAUGGACAACGUCUUCGACUCCAUGAUCUGCAGCUCGCUGCUGGCCUCCAUCUGCAGCCUGCUGGCCAUCGCUGUGGACCGCUACAUCACCAUCUUCUACGCGCUGCGCUACCAUAACAUCAUGACCGCACGGCGAGCGGGAGCCAUCGUCUCCGUCAUCUGGGCCAGCUGCACGGUGUCCGGCGUGCUCUUCAUCGUGUACUCAGAGAGCACCUCGGUGCUGGUGUGCCUCAUCACCACCUUCUUCGCCAUGCUGGCUCUCAUGGCCUCGCUCUACGUGCACAUGUUCAUGCUGGCCCGGCUGCACAUGAAGCGCAUCGCGGCCUUGCCCGGGGGCGCCCCCGUGUGGCAGGGGGCCAACAUGAAGGGCGCCAUCACUCUCACCAUCCUGCUGGGCGUCUUUGUGGUCUGCUGGGCGCCCUUCUUCCUCCACCUGGUCCUGAUGAUCUCCUGCCCCCGCAACCCCUACUGCGUCUGCUUCAUGUCCCACUUCAACGUCUACCUCAUCCUCAUCAUGUGCAACUCCGUCAUCGACCCACUCAUCUACGCCUUCCGCAGCCAGGAGAUGAGGAAGACCUUCAAGGAAAUCUUCCUCUGCUGCUGGUGAGGGGGGACCCAGCUCCUGUGCCUGUGAGCUGCCCGUCAGGUACUGAAUCACAGGUCCUGAAUCAACAGGUACUGACUCACAGGUAAUGACUCACAGGUACUGAAUCAAAACCGACAAACUCACAGGUACUAACUCACAGGUAUUGAAUCAAAAGUAACUGAUGCACAGGUCCUGAAUCAACAGGUACUGACUUGCAGGUAAUGACUCACAGGUAAAGACUCACAGGUACUGAUUCACAGGUACUGAAUCAAAACCGACAAACUCACGGGUAUUAACUCACAGGUAUUGAAUCAAAAGUAACUGACGCACAGGUACUGACUCAACAGAUACUGACCUGGCAGGCACUGACCUUUACACAGCAGGUAGUGGCCUAGUGGGUACUCACCUUGACCGUGUAGCUUCUGAUUAUGGGACCACUGACCCAGUUAUUGCUGACCUUGACCUAGUAGGCACUGACCCAGUGAGUACUGACUCUGACUCAGUAGUUACUGUCCCAGUGAGUACGGACUCUGACUCAGUAGUUACUGACCCAGUGAGUACUGACUCUGACUCAGUAGUUACUGUUCCAGUGAGUACAGACUCUGACUCAGUAGUUACUGUUCCAGUGAGUACUGACUCUGACUCAGUACUGUCCCAGUGAGUACUGGCUCUGUCUCAGCAGUCAGUACUAACUUUUACUCAGUAGAUAGUCACCCAGUGAGUACUGACAUUGACACAGUAGAUAGUGACCCAGGGACUACUGACCAUGGUAAACUGAAUUAGUGGCACUGACCACAGCAGUUUUCAAACUUUGCCCUGAGGAACGACUGUGUACGCUGGUUUUCAUUCCAACCACAAUUGCAGUCCCAGAAUUUGAACAAGGUAAUUUUCUUAAUUGCGCUAUUCAUGUUUUGAGGGAUUAAUCUUUGUGAAAACAGAUACCCUUUACCGCAUUAUCCAACCAUGAGACCUGUCUCAUUGCUUACUGGUCCUGUUGUUGUUGUUGUUGUUUCUCAGAACCUGAUUAUGACUCUCGUGAAUCUUAAAGAAUCCUUAAUGUUCUGUCACUGUUUUAAUCAUUUUCUGUGUUUUUUCAGCAAUUCAGCAAUCCUUUGUAAUUGUGUCUCAGUACAGUGUGAUAUUUAUGCCUGGUCUUUGAUUACACAGCUUGAGUGUGUGUUGCCCUGAAUGUUGCACAUUUUAAAUGUACAAUGCAGACUCUGUGUGUCGCAGAUUUGUAUCAUAUAUAUAUGACUGUACAUUUGUACAUUCUGAGAUAGUGUUUAAAGUGGA